GAUUAUGUAGCCCGAUGGACUGUUUUAUAAUUUUAUAAAUGACAAAAACAAAGUAUUUAGUAUGUUGGUGAACGGGGAAACUAUCACACAGCGAUGCCCGGUGGUCGGUAGCUUCGAGGAAUCAGGAUGGAAUGUGCAGUGUCCGAUGUCGAAUCAGUGGUCAAGGCAACCAGUGGACAAUCUGUGCAGUUAUAAUAUUUACAAUAGCUUCAGUGAUUUAUCAGUGCAAUGCUACGACAGAAACUACUACCAAGACAAUGUCCCCCAACAGUACUAUCAACAAAGAGUGGUGUAUACGCAACCGCAGAGUUUUCUAGCAGAAUUGCCGUGCCACCAAAGACAGGAAUGGGACUACAAUAGCGCGUGCUACAAUGUAGAUGGUCAACCGUGCCAAUACACGAAUGUCGUCGACUUAGAAGACUUCAUGAACAAUGAGAAACGCAAAGAGAAAUCGCGCGUUGCGGCACGAUGUCGGCGGACCAAGGAGAUGCAGAUCUUUGCUGAACUUACAGCUGCGUUGCCAGCGAAGAAGGAAGAAGUUGAGCAACUGGACAAGGCUUCGGUGAUGCGUCUUGCUAUCUCAUACCUUCGUGUUCGCGAUGUCGUGUCUAUGCUUCCCGAAGACAAAGAGGCACCAAAACUGCAAAGUCCUAAAGGUCUAGAAGAAGUACAAUCCGAGCUCUCUUAUAUGAAGGCGUUGGAUGGCUUCGUACUAGUUAUAUCACAACAAGGCGACAUUGUAUACUGCAGUGAAAAUAUUGCGGAACACCUCGGCGUCUCCCAGAUGGAGAUAAUGGGUCAAAGCGUUUUCGAGUUCAGCCACCCAUGCGACCACGAUGAGAUACGUGAAGCAUUACGUGCAGGCAACGACGGCAAGCGGGACUUGCUGCUACGCCUUAAGUGCACUCUUACCAGCAAGGGGAGGAAUGUUCAUCUAAAGUCUGCUUCUUAUAAGGUGAUCCACGUCACCGGUCAUAUGCUAACCUCGUCCGAAGAAAAAGCCAAGGAGUACGAACGUAAUACUGAUUCAGAGGAUGAAAAGAAAAGCAAUGAUAUCAAGAAGUACUCCAAGUCCGGCGCCCUUGUGGCCGUCGGUCGGCCGAUACCUCAUCCUUCUAAUAUCGAAGUGCCACUCAAUAGUAUGACCUUCUUGACAAAACACAACUUGGAUAUGAAGUUCACGGACACUGAUGAGUGUUUAACGAACACGCUGGGCUACGAUACGGAAGAAUUGGUCGGUCGUUCCUUAUACGAUUACCACCACGCAGGCGACAGUGCGGCUUUGGCUCAGCAGUUCAAAUCAUUGUUCUCGAAGGGACAAUGCGAGACAAGCCAAUAUCGUUUCCUCGCCAAAUCUGGUGGCUUUGUCUGGGUUCAGACACAGGCCACUGUGAUUACCGACAAACAACAGAAGCCGAUCAGCGUGAUCUGCGUCAAUUACAUCAUCAGCGGUAUCGAGUGCAAAGAUGAGGUGUUUGCUGCACACCAGGUGCAGCACGCAGACCUGAAGCCGGUGGUGGCUCCGACGGUGCCAGCACCAGUUCCUCAAGAAAUCUGUGUUCCCACUGAACCCGCUAACGGUGCAAUAGUUGCUACUAUUCUCCCAGAGGAGGAGAGACCUAUACCCGUUACAGAACUUAUAUUUGCACCAAGGAAGAAAGAAAUGAACAAAGGAUUUCUCAUGUUCUCUCAAGACGAGGGACUUACAAGUGAGUUGCACUUGAACAGCAAAAGCUUAGUGCUUAAAGACGAGCCGGAAGAUCUGACUCAUUUGGCCCCUACAGCCGGUGAUGCUUGUAUUCCCCUGGAGAACAGUCCUUUUGAUAUGUUUGACGAAUUCAUAUUAAGCGACAACUACUGCAGUUUACUCGGUGAUGAUCUGGCAAAUGGAUCACCCGUAGACUCUCUAAUCGGUGACUCUUUACUGUCUUCGCCUGAACCACAGGAAAAUGAAUCGUCAUGUGAACAGUCGUCACUCUUAACGGAACUGUCGUUGGAUGCUUUCGAUAACAAUAGAUCAGACAAUGACAUCGAUGAUGAACAUUCACCAUUUAUCCCCACAUCUGAUGAGCUUCCGCUCCUGGCGCCAGCUGUCAUGUGGGGCGCUUUACCCGAUAACGUUAGACAAGCGAGACCACAGCCGUCGGAGGCUCAGACAUCAGCACCAGCUCUGCAACGUCUACUCGUAGCACCGCCCACCGGCCCACAACCUCAAGAUCUCAUUACGAAUAUUUAUUCAGACCAAGGUCUAAUUCCAAGCAAAAGCAUAUCGACAUGGGAUACGGGUGUAAAACGAGUCCUAAAGCAGGAAGAGGAGCCUACUGCUAAACGCGUGAAGCGCAGUCCCUCUCCAGCGCCUGCUUCGAGGUCGCCAUCCUCAAGCGUCCUCAUGAACCUCCUGGACAUACAUCCGCAAGCAAGCAAGCAGAUGAAUCAAAAGCCACCAAACUAUCACCUCAUCAUGAAUUCCCAAAAAGUACCACAACAGAAUUCCAUCAAUAGAAAUAUUCCUAUUCCCGUCAUUAACAUCAUACAAUCGACACCAAACCCCGUGAUGCAAGACAAUACGUCGGUGACUAAUAGUCAAAUUAUGCAUUCAAAUAUUAGUCCAAUGUCUCCUCUGACUUUAAACGUGGGAAGCCCCAUAUAUUCUUUACCUUCCAGUCCCAACACUCCGAGCUACAGUCCUGCUAUAAGCCCAGCACCAAAAGAUCGUGUCCUGAGUCCAUAUUCCACUCCUCAAUCACUUUCGCCGACCGGAAGUUAUCAAAUGUACAGUCCUAAUAACAGACUCUUGUCACCCAACGGUUUGAUGCAAGGCUACGACCCGUACCUCACGACCAAGAUGCAGUCGAGUCCCGGGUUCAUGCUUCAGUCAAACGAAAUGCUGCUCGACGCCAACGUUCCCCUGACCUCGACGGACUUCUGGCCUGACGCUGAAAUAUUGCAGAGCACGAGCGAUCUCUUGACCGCAUUCGAUGAUGUAAAACUAGUUUAAGAAUAUAUUAAAAGAUUGAUUGCAUGAGUGAUUUCUUCUUUCCGUUGGAUGAUUGUGGAAGUAUUGAAUAUUGUCGUUGAAAGCGUUUCGAUUUCUGUCCAAAGGUCCGUAUUAUUCGCAACUUCACACAAACAUUCCAAUAGAAGUGGUGUUAGAAAUAUAUUACGUAGUUCAGAUAUUUCUCUCCGGGUGAAAUCACUCGAAUGAAUGCAGGGUCGAAAAUAAUCGUAAUCCAAAGGGAUUCCACACUAUUUUCUCAUAGUUACCUUAUAGCCGUCGUGUUUGAUGAGCACAACGCUGAUGACAUUUUAGUACGAAAUAGCCAAUGUUGACUUUUUUGAUGAAUUUUAUAGAUUUAUAUUAGUAAAUAGUUAAGCAUAUAUUAUAAUGAUUUCAUAAUUUAUGGUGGAAUCCUCGGUGAUACAAAGAUGUGACUUAGCGUGAAAAAUGGUUUUUACAUUAUAUUUAACUAAACAAUAAAUGUUAUCAUAUAGAAAAGUAUGGGUGUAACUUAAGUGUAAGUGACUACCAUCGCGGCUAAUGGGAAUAUUUGGGCCCAACUGAUUUAAUUUUAUAAAAUUAAAAUUAUAUAGUUAUAGAUUUAUUUUAGUCUUAAUUGAAAAUUUAACACAUUAUUUUUUCUUGUAUCUUCCAUUUGUAUAAUUUAAUACUUUAUGAAAUAAAGCUAAAUUAUAUUAUAAAUUUCGUCGGGAGGUCACUCUCGCUUAUUAAAAUUGUUAAUGAGUCUAUUGUUUCAGAUCGAAGUUUUAUUAUUAGACAUAGUUUAUUUUUUAUUUUAUGAUCAAAAUUUAUAUACUCACCUAGAAAGUAAAACUACGAAAUGUAUUUCGUAACUUAAAUCAUCAAAUUACGCAUGCGCUGUCAACAGUUAUAAGAUCAAAGGAGGCAUUAUCACAAAAUUGACAAUCAAUCAAUUUAGAGGUAUACCUUCGAACUAUCAAUUUCAUAAUAUACCAUCCAGACAUUAUCUGGGCUUUACCUCUAUAAACAUUACUUAGGGGUGAUGAGUUAAACAAUGCUUCUGUCUUCUUUUAUCAAAUGUCAAAACAAUUAUGACAGAAAGAGAGAAAACAUCUAAAUGUGGUCUGUAACUAAAGCCAUAUAUUAUAUGUGUUAAAAUAUUUUCUUGUGCGACUUAAAGCGAUAUCUUUUUAUACACUCGAAUAAAUUUUAUUUAUUCCAUGUAACCUUUUUGUUGAAUAGUUGUAGUUUAACAUAAAUAUGUAGCAAUCGAUAAACAAAUGUACGUUACAACAUCGUACAUUUUAAGUACAAUAUUUACUGUCACACAAGAAUAAUUAUCUUCAUAAAAUGCAAUCGUUAAUUUAAAAUCUCGUUAGGUUAAAUGCCUACGUGUACUUUUAAGUUUGUUCUAAUUAGUUUAAAUAAACUUUUUAAUAAAAUAAUGAGUAAAUGUAACCUUUUUAAAGUUGGCAAUAAACGGUGGCUCUUUUUUUAAUUUGGAGUAACGGUAAUUUGCCGCCAAACCAUUGAUUAUAUGACUAGUUGUAUGUUUGUUUCUUUAAGCUUAUACUACUGUAUUAUUAUAUAAUAUUUACUAUACUGCCAAUAUUCAUAAUAUUACGUCAAAGUUAUCCGAGUAUUGUAUGAACGUCGCUGUGCCAUACACAAUUGCAUGUCAAUAUUUCAUCUUAUGUAUGCCGAUAAUUAUCUUAUCAACGAUUAUAUUAUAUACUAUUACUAAUUUGAAAAUGUGAAUUAUAAAUACAUAAAAAAUCAGAUUC